UUAUCGAGCAGGUGUGGCUCUGCUGCUGCGGGAGUAAACUACUAACAUCUACUUUUAACAUCAGCUGUUGUGACAUUACAUAUCAGUCACGCUUUCACAGGAAACAUAUUGCACAGCAGUGAGACAUGAUGGAGUCGUCCGUGGUGAACCUGUACAACCAGUUCCUGAGUCUGAGGGCCCAGGUGGACGGUCUGAAUGAGGGCAUUGAACCACAGUUCCUACAGAUGGCUAUGAACUUUGAGGAGUGCCGUAAGAAGUGGCUGCGAACAGGCGAGGACCUGGUGUCUUGUAAAGAGGUGCUGGCUAAAACAGAGACUGAGAGGGGGGCCCUAGAGGUCAAACUAAAGCAUGCUCGCAACCAGGUGGAUGUGGAGAUCCGCCGGCGACAGAAGGCUGAGGCGGUGUAUGAGAAGCUGGAACGUCAGCUACAGCUGAUACGGGACCUACUUGUAUCAGAGAACAACAGUAACAGUGUCCACCUGAGUGAGGAGCAGCGCUCUGCCCUCGCCUUCCUCAGUGCCCACUCCCAAGCAGCACAGGCCGCUAAGGGCAACCUCAACUCCAGUCGAAGGUUGACUACCAUCGAUGAAUCAGCUUCCUUGCUGUCAGACAUCAGCUAUGACCAAACAGAUGACUCUUUGGAUUGGGAUUCCUCUGCAUUGAAGACUGUGAGAUUGCGGAAACGCCAGAAACGACGUUCCUCCAGAAAACACUCUGAAGCUCCUCCACAGGCAAUGAAGAAGCCACGCUCCACUGGGCGCACAUCAGAUAGGUGGAUGGGUCUUAUCGUGGCUAAGACCACCAUCACUGUGCCGGUGAAUGGUGGCGCUGUCGAGGCCGUCUCCACCAUUGCAACUGUGCCGUACUGGACACGCAGCAGAAAGAGCAUUGCUUCAGCAUGGGGUGAUACAACCACUACUGACCUAUCUGAGACUGCCAGUGAGGCUCCCAGCACACCAGUGUCAGAUUUCCCAGUCAAGCUACGAACCCCCAGAGCUAAUAGAGGAGGAAAGAAGCACCAGUUCAUCCCCAAAACAGUGAUCAAGUCUGAGUUCUGUGUACCAUGUGGAAGAAGAACAAAGUUUGGCAAGUUGUACCUUCGCUGCCAGGACUGCCGAGUUGUGACUCACCCAGAGUGUCGUGACUCCUGUCCCCUGCCCUGUAAUCCCACAGCUGUUAGCACUCCCAUCAAGAAUACAGAGACCACCCUGGCUGACUUUGCUCCAGCCACCUCCCCAAUGAUCCCAGCUUUGGUUAUCUACUGCAUUAAGGAGAUUGAACACAGAGGCCUACACGAGGUUGGCCUGUACAGAGUCUCUGGCCAGGAGCGCAUGGUUAAAGAACUAAAGGAGAAGCUUAUUAGAGGAAAGACUCUGCCUCCGCUUCACAAAGUGGACGACAUUAACGUCAUUACUGGUGUCCUCAAAGACUUCCUCAGAAACCUCCCAGAGCCACUGCUCACCUUCCACCUCAACAAAGUCUUCAUGGAAGCAGCUGAAAUCCAGGAUGAUGGCAACAGUCUCGCCAUGCUGUAUCAAGCCGUCAGUGAGCUGCCUCAACCCAACCGAGACACUCUGGCCUGCCUGAUGAUCCAUCUGCAGAAGGUCUCUGAGUGUGUGGAUACCAAGAUGGAUGUGAACAACUUGGCCAGGGUGUUUGGCCCUACUCUUGUGGGUCAUGCUGUUCCCGACCCGGACCCUAUGACCAUCCUGAAUGACACAAACAGGCAACCACGGGUUGUAGAGCGCUUGGUCAGUAUUCCAGCAAACUACUGGAGCCAGUUUGCUUAUCCAGAUAAUAUGGGUAUGGACGAUGUUCACCUCACUGGUACUCCAGAUCCCAAAGUGAGCAUACUGGGACCAGUGACCACUCCAGAGCACCAGAUGAUGGCCAAAACACCCUCCUCCAGCUCACUGUCCCAGCGCAUGAAGCAGACCCUCUCCAGCACUACCAUAUUUGGGAACAAGAGCAAAGCAUCCGCUGCCUCUAACCGCCAGGGCUUCUUCGCCUCUCCACAACUGAAGUAAUGGGAAAGGAGGGGGAAAAAAUCAGCCGUAUUGUAUUUCUGGGUUCCUCACCGCAAUAACUGAGUCAUAUAAUCAUGUGGGAGAACUACUGUGCAAUUUUAUCAUUUAACAGUUUAUCACUGAGUUUUUUAUUCAAGAAUUUUAUACUAGACUUUCUAACCAGAUUCCUGCACAAAUGUUUGAGUUUGUUUUUAUAUCUUUAAUUACUAAUGAUUUAUUAUUGACCAAACCUGUGGUGACAUCUGUGUGAUUGUAAACGGUUUGAAGGCUUUGACAAAGAAAAAAUGUUCUAAACCAAUUCAAGGAUCAUUAUCUUCUGCUUUUUGUGUUUAACACUUAGGUUUGAUGUUUGAAAGCUUGCAUUCACUGUUGGUGGUGUUGGUCCAUCUUUGGACCUGUGGUUGUAACCACAUCGAUGGGGGUGCUCUAGCACAUGUUAAAUACGAAAGAAACCGAAUUAUUGGCCAGUGUCUCUUUGUCCUCUGGCAUUGGUUGCCUUGUCAUUGUCCUGAAACUGACUUUUUUUCAGGAUUUAACGUUUUGUUUUGUAUUUAUGUUUAUUGUCUGCCAUGACAUAUACCAAUCAUGACAUUUUAUAUAGUUAAAACUGCAAUGAUAACACUGAUACUGAAUGGGAAUUAUAUUGCAUUUUGCACUGUGACAAUCUGAGUAAAUGAGUAUUCGUACUGGGCAUACUGGCCACUAGAGGCUACUGUUGCACCACUUUUGAAAUACAAGCCUUAACCAAUGAAGAUUAUCUACUGUAUAUUAUGCACACAAUCAGUCAGUAUUACUGACCUUCACUGCAAUCAGCAAAUCAUUAGGAAAACCAUAAGUUAUUCCUGUGACCUCGGGCAGUUCAGUCGGUAUUUUCUCUCUCACAAGCCAGAGAUCUGAGACUCAACAUCUGUGUGGUUAUCACAGAUAAAAUCUGGAGCUUUUUUAAUUUAUGAAAACAGAUUUGCAUGCUCACUCACUAUUAAGUAUUUGUAUCCACAGUAGCUGCUUCUUGUACGGUUACCAAUAACCAUCAACAGUAAUGAAUGAGAAAUUACGCCUUUUCUGAGGAAAUUUCCUCUCUCCGCUCCUCUCACUUACCCCUUUUCUACCAUAUUUGGCUCUGCAUCUUGAACCAUUUCUGUUCAGGAUUCUUGGGAACUCAGAGCUACCCAGCGAACCAGCUUGCAUUUCCAUCACUUUUGCGCAGAACUAUUGUAAUCAAGGAUGUGCCAUCAAUGGAGGGUGUUGCACUAUGCCCAACAGAAGUAAAGAGUAGUAGCAAAAUUGCAGAUUUCAUUGAUUACCUGCAACAUUUUGUUCUGCUGUCACAGUUAUAUGUUAUAUGGAUUUACAUCCAAAACAAGCAUGAACGAUCAUUUAUUAAACCACUGCAUGCUCCUUUUUGCCUUGCGAUUUCUCACUUGACUUUUCCGUGGCAGCUUUCCCCAUCCUGUCUUUCCAACCUGUAGAAUAUGACACGCCCACUGAUGUCCUCAUGGUUGGCACUUCAGGUCAAGGAAACCAGCUAUAGUUUGGAUCCAACUUGGGGCCAACUUUUUGAGUUCUGACCCAAUUAUUUUGGUUGAAGUGCUCUGAACGUCUAAAAAUUAGGUUCAACCAGAAUGGAACCAGUUCCAUAAUGGUGGAGAAGGGAUAACUCACCUUUUUUAGAAGCUCCAGAUUUUGGUGUGAUGACAUCACAGUUUAACGUAUUAGUUAUCUAGAGAAGGAAUGCUGACUAAAACUAAUUCACAAAAAUUUAACCUUUUUUUGCUUGCUAAUUAGGAAAUUGCAUUGUUUGAGGUUGUAAGACUCUAGUAAUAUAUUGUUUUAUACAUUUUGUACAUUUAUUCCAUUAUGUGGUUCUAUUUCUCUACUGUAAUGUGGUCUUUCUGAUGAAGUUACUUUUCACCAAAGACAUUAUGGACUGAAUGUUAACCGUCUUUGUCUUAGCUCAAAUAAGAUCACACAAAA